AUGUCCUCGAGAAAUUUGCUGCCCAUUGGCCACCUGCAUAGCAGUCACCUUGACGUCGUGCGCAACGCUCUUGCAAACAUCCUCAGCAGCCAGGUGGCGCAGACAACGUACGGUCAAAUCCUCGAUGGGUUGCCACUAGCGAGCGCGGCGAUGGAUGUGUAUGAUGGUGAGAUGAUAUGCGUUGGGCAUCCACUGGUUGACGAGCACGUUGCGCUCUCGCCUACGGUGCUCUCGAAGAUCGACGAACUCCGCGCGAGCGUGCCCAUCGACACAUUUCAAGUAGACGCCUCGACGGUUCUUGACUUCCAGGCGGCCCGUCCUGGAUCCCAGGCGUUCCAAGCACGUCUCGUCGAGCUGGUCGCCCGUGUGAUACAUGCCAUUGCCGUCUGGAUCUACACCAACCAUAGUCCGCUGCGCCCAAAGGACGACCGGCUCAUGGCAUGGAGGCCAGAAAAGGGCGAUCUGGACUGGGCCUACCGCAAGGGCUAUCCACCGACCUUGUUCGUCCACCCCUGGUACACGGCGUACGACCAGUAUCCCGAUGGCGUGGCGGACGGCGUGGGCUACUGGGCCGAGGACCGGAUCUUCGGCGGUGUGGUCUUGUUUGACCGGCGUGGGCCAGACGCGCCGGACACCAUCUAUGAGGACUCGCCCGUGUCCAAGGCGGUUCACCUGCCCAAGCAGCUGGAUGCCGUCUAUUUUCACACAAACGCCGACGGCGUGACAUAUCGCAUCUACCGUCUUCGCACCGAUCAGAGGCAGCGGCUUUUGCACUUUCUCCUGUCGCCCGCCGACGCCACCGCCUCCUCCACGUCCUGUCCACUGCCGAUUCGCGGGGACGACGACAACCGUGUGCGCAUCGACCCGGAAGAGCCCAUGAACGAGACGGGCAUCUACCGAGACCUGUGGGAGCGCAAACCGCUCGGCGACGGCGAUGACGAUUGCCGUUCGCGCGACGUGGUCGACACGUUCAACUUCCUUUCCGAGGAGGACUAUCAAGCAGCCAUGCGCCGUUAUAUGCAUAUGAAAGACAGGCGCGACGAGGCGUAUUAUCGCCAACAUCCAGAGUUGGAUCCGCGACUCAUCGUCGGGGUUCCGCUGUCCACGUAUUAUCGCCAUCUACUGCUGGCACGCGUUGCCAGUGCCAGUGGUCUUCUUGCCAGCGUGGUGGCGCUUGGCAACAGCCGCCGCCGCGUGGCAGGCAGCCAGCUCGGCUGCGUUGGCAGCAUCGGCCGCGUUGUUGUUGUUGUUGUUGUUGUUGUUGGUCUUUUGGCCAGCGUGGUGACGACGGGCAAUGGCAGCACAGGCGUCAGCUGUGGUCGGCGGGCAGCCCGUGGCGGCAUUGUUGUUGGCAGCGUUGUUGGCAGCGUUACCAGCGUUGUUACCAGCGUUGUUGUGACCAGCGUUGUUGUUGCCAGUGUUGGUCUUCUGGCCGGCGUGGUGGCGCUUGGUGACCUCGGCAAAGUGGCGCUUGGCAACAGCGUUGGCAGUAGCCUGGCAAGCAGCGACAGCAGCAGACUCCGCCUCGUCGGCAGUGGUGGCCGUGGCGGCAUUGUUAGCAGCGUUGUUGCCGUUGUUGCCGUUGUUGCCGUUGUUACCCGACGUCUUCUUGUCGGCGUGGUGGCGGCGAGCCAGAGCACCGACCUGAGCGCACUCGGAAGCGACCGCAGCCGACUCGGAUGCGCAGGCAGCGGCAGCAUUGUUGGCGGCUGCAGCCUGCGUGGCAGCCGGCGUGGUCUUCUUGCCAGCGUGGUGACGCUUGGCGACAGCAUCGGCGGUGGCCUGGCAGGCAGCCAGAGACGAGGCAGCGGCGACGACGUUGCCCGCAGCCGCCGAAGUAGCAGCGGCAUCCGCAGCGGCAGUGUCGGAGGCAGCAGCUGCGUCGGCAGCGGCCGUGGUGGUGUGCGUGGUCUUCUUACCAGCGUGGUGGCGCUUCUCCAUCUCGUCCAGGUGGCGCUUGGCGACAGCCUGCACAGACGCCUGGCAAGCAGCAACGGCAGCGGCCUCGGCCUCGUCGGCCGUGGUCGCGGUAGCCGCAUUGUUAGCAGCGUUGUUGUUGUUGUUGCUGUUGUUGCCAGUCUUCUUGCCGGCGUGGUGACGGCGGGCAAUGGCACCAGCCUGAGCACAGUCAGCAGCAACAGCGGCCGAGGCCGAGGCGCAGGCAGCGUCAGCGGCAGCGGUGGCCGUGUGAGUCGUCUUCUUGCCGGCGUGAUGGCGUCUGGCGACAGCAGCGCUCGCCUCGCAGGCAGCCAGCGUGGAAGCAGCGGCAUUGACGUUGGCGGCGGCGGCAGCUGA